ACAGAAGAUGGACAAAUCAGUGUUUUGGAACUAUUAGAAUUGCAAGCUCGAGCCAGAGCAAUCCGCUCACAAUUGGCUUUAGAGCCAGUUACCAAAAUUGAGGUUGAUUCAGAUGGGGAGAAACGUAAUGAAGAAGACAAAGCUAAAUCCUCUAAAAAAGAUGACAAAACUAAUAAAAAUGAACGUAAACGUCUUUCAAGUGAUCGACAAUCAAGAGAUUCAAAUAAAAUUAGUCGCAUCAAUGGCUCAACGGAGAACUUAAGUUCUAAGUCACAAUCCGAAAAAGAUGCCGAGAAAAAGACUUCGAAAAAGAUCAAACUAAGAAGAACACAUAGAACAUCUUCUAAUGCCGCCGAUAAAGGUAACGAAACCGAAGAGAAACAGGACCGAAAAGAUGAUAAAGAAAAAAAUGAUAGAGCAGCUACUAAAGAGAAGUCCAUGGAACAAGAGAAAAAUAAAACAAAUGAAACACUAAUGACAGAGAUCAAGAAAGAAAAGAGAGGCAGUCGAUCACCUUCACCGGACGUUAUACCUAUUGUAGCUGAACCAGAAACAUUGCUUAUAACUGACUCAUCUGAUGAUGAAAGUAAAGCAACAAAUAAAAAUGAAGCCAAAAAAGUUAACAAUGAAACAACAACAAAGGAUUCCAAUGAAGCGGAUAGCCAAACACCAGGAGAACGUAAAAGCACUGAAAAAGAAACCACAGAAGUUGAAAAUAAAGAAAAGUCUUCAGCAAAAGAAAUAGAUAAUGCAGAAAUUCAGAAAUCUCCAUUGGAACCAAGCAGUACGGACAAGGUCAAUAUAGAAAGUUCCACUGAAACUACACAGGAUUCUCAAUUUAAAAUGAGUGACCGCGAAGACACCCAAGAUACACAAGACAGUAAUAUUCAAAGUGCGGAAUCUAAAACUUCUAACAAAGAAAAAUCGAAAACUGAUGAUUUAUCUAAAAAAUCAAAUGAUGAAACUAAUUCUGCUAAUCAUUCGGAUGAUGAUCAAAAUGAUGAUGUCAUUUCAUUGGGCGGGGACUUGGAAAAUGAAAUGAAUGAACAACUGGAGAAUGAAGUGAACGCCAUGGACUCUCCCUAUAGUAAAAAGCCAGCAGAAGAUUCAUCUCAAGAUAAUCAAAAAUCUCAUGAUGAAAACCAAGAAGAUGUUAUUUCAUUAGAAUCAAGUGAAGAGGAAAGAGAUGAUUACAAUCAGUCAUGGCAUUCACGCUAUAUGAAAAGUUCUAAAGUUAAUAAGGUUUUGCUGGCUUCACGUUUGGGUAAACGUGUUAGGGAUAAGAUCAAAAAAUCUAAACAUUCUAAAAAGGAAAAUAGUCAUGAAAAUUCUGAGGCUGAAAAGGACAAAUCUACACCUUCAUUUAGUUCCAAGCAUGAAGAUGGUUCGAUAGAACAAUACAAGGAGCUUUUGGAAAUGCGACAACGCAAAUCAUCAUCUUAAAAUCUUUCACUGAUUGUGUAAAUAAAAUACAUAAAAAAUAUAUUUAAUUCCAAUAAACAUUAAAAUGAUAAACCAUCUAAUCAAUUAAAAGAUGGCAAUUAAAUGUAAAGAAAAAAUUCUUGCUA